AUGUACCGCGAUACGGACAGAGAACCUCCCAGCACAACCAGAUCACCAGCACAACACGCCAAGAUGUUUGCACGAACCGCCGCCUCGCGCGUCCCCUUCAUCGCGGGUCGCCGCGCCUUCUCCACCACUCGUGCUCAGUUCGGAUCUCCUUACCACUACCCCGAGGGACCUCGCAACAAUCUUCCCUUCAACCCAUUGACACGAUUUUUCUUUGUGCGAUACUGGCUAUUCAUGGCCACCGGCUUCUUCCUACCAUUCGGCAUUGCUGUCUGGCAAACCAACAAGAACAAAUAAAGCAGCUAGCAAUGGGAUCAUGAGAAUAGGGAGAAACUGGUGGGAAAGGUUGUGUACAUUGAUUACGAUGCGUGCUGG